CUAGAUAGUGCAAAACUUCAUCUGCAGUUUCGAGUUUUGCACUAAUUUCAUUACUUUGUUCAGUUGAAGGUGAGAAGCGGCUACUUCUGAAGAGCUGUAACCAUGGUUUCACUCGGUGAACUAUUGAAUGGUUUUGUGGAGGUUCUCCUAUCAAAUUUGGCCUUAACCUGUGUGUUUCUUCUGGGCUGCUUCCUUGCUCUCCGUUGGUACAUCAGAGAUUCCUACAGGGUCGGUGGUUUUACUCAGAAACAUGUGUUUAUCACGGGGUGUGACAGUGGAUUUGGGAACCUUCUGGCCAGACAGCUGGACCGGAAAGGCUUCAAGGUUAUAGCCGGAUGUCUCACAGAGAAAGGCGCCUCAGAUCUAGCAGCAGUGACAUCCCCCAGACUGAAGACUCUCCUGCUUGAUGUUACUGACAGCGCAAGCAUCCGGAGUGCUGCGGAGUUUGUGAGCAGAGAGGUGGGGCAGCAAGGUCUCUGGGGUCUGGUGAAUAAUGCUGGCAGGUCUGUGCCUGUGGGACCUACAGAAUGGAUGGUGCUGGAAGACUUUACGAAAGUCUUGGAUGUGAAUCUGAUAGGGGUUAUUGACGUGACCCUUCAGUUUUUACCGCUGCUGAAGAAAGCCAAGGGUAGAGUGGUGAACGUGGCCAGUAUUCUAGGGAGGCUCUCUCUGAUCGGUGGAGGAUACUGUCUGUCCAAAUGGGGAGUGGAAGCAUUCUCAGACAGCCUCAGGAGGGACAUGCAUCACUUUGGUAUUAAGGUGAGCAUCAUUGAACCUGGUUUCUUCAAGACUGCUGUAACCAGUCUGGAUCUAAUCGAGGCCGACCUGAAGAGGCUUUGGACGCGCCUUCCUGAAAACGUUAAGGAUUCAUAUGGAGCGACAUACCUAAAUGACUAUAUGAGAAUGCAGGGCUUCUCCAUGAACAUCCUCCGUUCUCCUGAUAUCUCUAAGGUCACCUGGUGCAUGGAGCACGCUCUCACUGCCCAGUAUCCACGCACACGUUAUGGAGCUGGCUGGGAUGCCAAGUUCUUCUGGAUUCCUCUAUCCUACCUUCCUUCAUUUGUGUCGGAUUUUGUUGUAAAUGUUCUCCUGCCGUCACCUAAAGAUGCAAUAACCGGCUAAAUAAAAGAUAACUAAAUAUAUUGUUAAAAAAAAUGACUGGAAGAUGAAAAUAACCUGGAAUAAAUGAAUACUUUGUAAAUAUUUAAA